AUGUCUUCUACAAUUCUUGCUUCCGGCAUCCCAUUGGGGGUCUCAGACUCCGAGGUGGAGGAGUUUUUCAAUUUCUGUGGCAAGACCAGGACGAUUGCCACCGUCGACAAGAACGAAAAGACCAAGACGGUCAAGGUGGAGUUUGUGAAUGCGAGUGCUGUUUCCACGGCACUGUUGCUGAACGGCGCCGAGCUGGGCGGCGGCAGCAUCAAGGUCAUUGGCGAGGGCCUGGCCAAGCAGCCUGUCGUGCCGACGAGUGAGGUGAGGCCGGCUGACGUGAGCGUCCCCGCCAGUGGCGACAUUCCGCAGGAAGAUAAGCCCAAGACGACUAUUCUGGCGGAGUACCUGUCGCAAGGGUAUGCCAUUUCGGACGGGCUUGUGCAGAAGGCGGUCGAGUUUGACCAGAAGAACGGCAUCUCGUCGAACUUCAAGCAGUUUCUGUCGAAUUUGGACGCCAAGUACCAUAUCCACGACAAGAACCAGCAGCUGCUGAACCAGGCCAACUCGCAGCUGGGUCUGGACAGCAAGAUUGCGAUUGGCCGCACGAAGCUCGACAGCUACUUCGACAAGUUCAAGAACGACAAGCUGGGCUCGAGAAUCCACAAGUUCUACACGGAGGUGGCCAGCGAUGCGAAGCAGGUGCACGAGGAAGCCAAGCGGCUUGCGGAGCUGAAGAAGGCCGGCCACGAGUCCAACAUCACGCCGGACUCCACCACUGCCCAGCUGGCGGCCCAGGUCCCGCUCGAAGAGAGUAAAUAA